AACCUGGAUUUAUUUUGUCACCAACGCUUGAUAGUAGAUUAUAGGUAACUGAGUCUGGCGCAGACCAUUGCACGUGUGUUAUUAAACGCCAGAACAAAAGCAAUCAGACAGUCGUCCAUGAAUAUAAUGAAAACUGAAUUCCUGAGUUGAAGUUCUGUGAUGGAUUUAUUUCUAGACUUUUCAUAUAUUUUGCCUGCUUUUGUAUUUACGUUCCUUGCGGUUGCAUUUGCUGUCGCGUUUUUGCGAAAAAGCGAUUCUCACAGCUCAGCAUCAGUAAAGCAGCAUGACGUUCCAGUGGAGAAAACAGAGAAAGAUACGCAUAACACACCCUCGAGCACACACUCUGAAGACAAGCCCAGCUCGGGAAAGAACACAAUCAGGGCUGAAACUCCGACAGACUGUGACCCCAGCUCCGAUUCAGGGAUGAAAGAAAGGGAAACUGUAACGUCUAAUAAAGAAGACAGCUCAGAUAUUUUUCAGAAAGAUGCUGCUUACAUUAAGCACCCCCCCUCAGAUUCAGAGCCUGAAGAUGAUGAUAAACUCAAACCUGCAACGCAAACUACAGGAGAAUCUGAGCUGGACGAGUCUGCCUCAGAACCAGCGUCUCCUGAAGAGGACCCCCACAAAGGCGUCGCAGGAGGGGAAGAAGUGGAUGCGUCUAUGAGGUAUGUUCCUGGGAUGCUUCGGACCAGUCAGCUCGAGAAGAUGAUGACUAAAGAAGAGUUGGAGGAAGAGCAGAGAGUACAGCGCCAGCAGUUGGCAGCCAUUCUCCAGCUACUCAAAGACAACCAGGACACAUUCGGCGAAGUGACAGAGAAAGACAUAGAGGAGCAGAUGAAGCUUUACUCGAUCUGA